GAUGGGUUCCCAGCAUCUUCUAUCCUCUAUGCUUCUACUUCUCUUCCUUUCAAGCUUCAUCCAAAUGGCAGCACUUGGACGUACACCAUCAUCGACCAAGCUGCUGUACAUAGUGUACAUGGGAGGGAGGCAACACGAAGAUCCAGACCUUGUGACUGCGUCGCACCAUGAUAUGCUGUCUUCCGUACUGGGGAGCAAGGAGGAAGCCGUGAGUUCAAUUGUCUACAGCUAUAAACAUGGCUUCUCGGGCUUUGCAGCCAUGCUUACGGAAUCUCAAGCAGACCAAAUUGCAGAAUUGCCGGAGGUGAUCAGCGUCAAUCCAAGUCGCAGCGUUCCGCUGCAUACUACACGAAGCUGGGACUACCUUGGUAUUGGUUAUGAACAACCCCAACCCACAGGACUACUUCGAAGAGGCAACUUCGGCGAUGGCAUCAUCAUCGGAGUUGUCGACUCAGGCAAGCGUUAUAUAUUAUGUUACUGGCAUCGAGCUUGUUGAUUUGACCGUGUCAUGUGAACUUAUUUUGCAUAGGCAUUUGGCCAGAAUCGAGAAGCUUCGACGACCAUGGUUACGGCCC